AUGCCUCUUUGUGGCGGAGAGAAGACCGUCAAGCGCAAGCUGGUGCUCUUAGGAGACGGCGCAUGCGGAAAGACUUCAUUGUUAAACGUCUUCACCAGAGGUGAGCCUACCGUGUUCGGUAAGUCUGGACUUAGAACUAUGUGCACGGUAACUCUCCUCUCUCGCCGUUUCGCCGUUAGGGACAAAAACUCACGCUGGAAAAAAACAGAUAUAUAUGUUGAUAACAUCCAUAUGGAGCUUUCCCUAUGGGACACAGCCGGACAAGAAGAAUUCGACCGUCUCCGUGCUCUAUCAUACGACGACACCCAAGCUAUAAUGCUCUGUUUCAGUGUUGACAGCAGAGACUCCCUCGAGAACGUCGAGUCGAAAUGGUUGGCCGAAAUCGGCGAGAACUGCCCUGGAGCAAAGAUCGUUGUUGUUGCUCUGAAAUGUGAUCUCAGAGAAGAAGCCAAUGACGAGAAAGACGACGGCAGUACGGCGCAACCGCAGCCUAAGCCGGCCAUCACCUAUAACGAGGGACUCGAGGUUGCAAAGCGAAUAAACGCUUUGAGAUAUCUAGAAAAAGAACUAACCAGACAUAGAAUGCUCUGCAAUGAGGAAUCGAGGAGUCAACGAAGCCUUUACUGA